AUGGAGAAUAUAUCCUACUUUACAAUAUUCACUCUCACAGAACCAAAAGCAACAAAGUCAGAUAAACAUAUAUAUUUUGCUCUCUCUCUUAUUUUGUAUAUUUUGAUCAUUUUUCUCAAUCUGACUUUGAUAGUGACAAUCCUCCUGCAGAAAGCUCUUCAUGAGCCCAUGUAUAUCUUCCUGUGUAAUCUGUGUAUUAAUGGACUGUUUGGAACAGCUGGUUUUUACCCUAAAUUCCUCUCUGAUUUAUUUUGUGAUACGUAUGUGAUCUCAUAUGUUGGAUGUUCUCUGCAAGCUUUUGUGAUUUAUUGCUCUGUUAUGUGUGAGUUUACAACAUUAACUGUGAUGUCCUAUGACAGGUAUGUGGCAAUAUGCAGACCUUUGGACUACCGCUCUGUUAUGUCAAACAGCACUCUGGUAAAAUUACUUCUGUUUUCCUGGCUUUUUCCAGCGCUAUCUAUGUCUGUCUUACUUGUGUUAUCAAAUCGGUUGCCAUUAUGUGGAUCCCACAUCGAUAAACUCUAUUGUGAUAAUUGGUCCAUAGUGAAGCUGUCUUGUGAACCCACAAUAAUUAAUAACAUUUUUGGCUUCAUAAUUAUUCUUGCAUACUUUUGUCUUGUGAUUUUUAUUAUUUGUUCUUACUUUAAAUUGAUUGCUGCUUGUAUAAAAUCCAUAGAAAACAAAAACAAAUUUAUGCAAACAUGCUUGCCCCAUUUGCUCUCCUUAAUUAAUUUCACGGUUGCUUUACUUUUUGACACAAUGUUUGCUCGAUAUGGAUCAAGGGAUUUCCCGCAGAGUCUACAAAAUUUUCUGGUUUUAGAAUUUCUAAUAAUCCCACCAAUUUUCAAUCCCUUUAUCUAUGGAUUAAAACUGGCAGAGGUUCGCAAAAGAGCCCUGAGUGUGUUUAUAAAAGUCAAAGUGGCUGACUCCAGUGAAAAAAAGAGGUAG